AUGACAGUCAUGUCCCAUUCAAAGGAUCUCAAGGACGACUUCCACAGUGACACUGUACUUUCCAUUUUAAAUGAACAGCGCAUUCGGGGUAUUUUAUGUGAUGUCACCAUAAUUGUGGAAGACACCAAAUUUAAAGCCCAUAGUAAUGUGCUGGCAGCUUCAAGCCUCUACUUCAAAAACAUUUUUUGGAGUCGUACUAUCUGUAUUUCAGGUCAUGUACUGGAGUUGGAUGAUCUCAAAGCUGAAGUGUUUACAGAAAUACUGAAUUACAUCUACAGUUCCACAGUAGUUGUUAAGAGGCAGGAGACUGUAACGGACCUUGCAGCUGCAGGGAAAAAACUGGGAAUAUCAUUUCUAGAAGAUCUUACAGAUGUUAAUUUUUCAAAUUCCCCCUGCCCCUAUGCAUACUGUGUUAAUGAAAAAGGGACCGUCAAAGAGGAAAAACAUGAAAAGAGACAUGAAGACUCUGCUGUGACAAAUGGACCACGAAUUACAAAUGCAUUCUCAAUUUUUGAAACAGAAAACAGUUUGUUUUCUCCACUAGAUUUGAGGGCAAGCUUUAAAAAGGUGUCUGAGACAGUACAAGCACCCAUCAGCCUCGACAGAAGCGACGUUUGCAAAGAUGCUGAGCCAGCCAGUACGCUGGCUGAACACUCCUAUGCAGUUUCUUCUGGGGGAGAUACUUUUCAAGGAACACCUUGCCUUGAACAGGACAGCAGCCCUUCGUACAAGAUGGGUGAGGACCACUAUGAAAAUCUCCAAGCCACACCACUCAUUCAGCCGGGAAAACAAGCGUGUAGUACUCCUAAGACAGCCUGUAAGCCCCAGGGUACUGGUUUGGCUGUAGCAAAAGUACCGGCCUCUACAGUGACCACUACAGAAGCCCAACAUGGAGCAGUUACUGAUCAGACAAUUACUUCCUUUCCAAAACCUCAAAAUAAAGCAGGAGAUAGCCAUUUAUCCAGAGAAGAGGAAAACAAUUCUGCUAAUGUCUCUGGAUCCGUGGCAACUGUCGUUCCACCUGUUUAUAAUUGUAACUGUUGUACAAAAUCAUUCAGUGACAGGGCGUUACUCAGUACUCAUCUUCAGCUCCAUUCAGAGCAUCAGGAAACUUUCACGUGCAAAUACUGCAGCAAACAAUUUGCAAAUCUAAAUAUACUGGAAAGUCAUGAACAAGUCUGCAUGAGAUCGAGUAGCUUAGCGGUUCACAAUGGAAAUGAACAAAAUUUUGCAGAUAACUAUACUGCUACGGAUGGAAGGAAUGGAAGUUCAUAUGCAAAUGCAGAGCCUCUGUUGUCUGAAAACAGUAUCACUGAUUAUUCUAACGCAAACUGCACUUUACCAGAAACAGAUCAUUUGGUUAAAGUCGUUGAUGGGCAGAUAUUAUAUACCUGCGUCGUUUGCAAGCGUAGUUAUGUAACGUUGUCUAGCCUUCGAAGACAUGCAAAUGUGCAUUCGUGGAGAAGAACAUAUCCAUGUCACUACUGCAAUAAAGUAUUCGCAUUAGCGGAGUAUCGUACCAGACAUGAGAUCUGGCACACUGGAGAAAGACGAUAUCAGUGCAUUUUCUGUCUGGAGACUUUUAUGACUUACUAUAUACUAAAAAAUCAUCAGAAGUCUUUCCAUGCAAUUGACCAUCGUCUCUCAGUAAAUAAAAAGACAGCCAACGGAGGCUUAAAACCAAGUAUGUACCCAUACAAACUUUAUCGACUUUUACCUAUGAAAUGUAGGCGACUACCUUAUAAGUCCUACCGAAAUUCUUCAUAUGAAAAUGUUCAAACAAGUAGCCAGGUUAAUGAAACUGCUUCUACUAACUGUUUCAUUCCGAGUUCUCUUAGCUCUGAGCUACCACCACUGAAUUUUCAAAGUAGUGUAAUAGCAAACAACAGAACUCUUGCCUUGGACACAGCUUCAUGUAAUGAUACAGCAUCUUCCAUGAAUACUCAGAAUUCUUCCUCUUGGGGAGUAGGUAUCUUGAAUUCGGACCUGCAAAGGGACUUUUUCACAGCUGAAAAAGGAGUUACUACUGCUGCAAAGGACUCUGGUUCUCAGGAGUGUGAUUCCUCAGUUGUGUCUUUAACAAAGGUGAAUGAAAAUUCAACCUCUGUCAUCAGUUACAGCAGUUCUGCACCCUCUGUGAUAAUGCACAGUAGCAGAGUUUCCUCAGUAAUAAUGCACAGUAAAACAGUCACUUCUGUAGAAAACAAUAAGACAGAAUCUUCAAGUAAUCCACCUAGUCAGUCUGUAAGUGAUGACUGUAAAUAUGGGUCAGAUAAUUAUGGGAAGUGCAUUACAAAAUCAAAAACUAUUAAGGAGAAAAAGAAGACACUGUUGUACAACAGAGCAGAAGCAACUGAGGAUAUGCAGCAUGUCACAGGAUCUGGAGGUUCAUCUAGCAAAACAACAAAUACUGUCCAAGAAUCGAGUAAAACGGAAACGUACAUUGCAAAGCCUGCUUUACCUGGAACAUCUACUGACAGCAACGUUGCGCCUCUUUGCCAAAUAACAGUAAAAAUUGGUAAUGAGGCUAUUGUAAAAAGACAUAUAUUAGGAUCUAAGCUGUUUUGUAAAAGGGGCCGAAAAUCUAGACAUGAGUCCAAACAGGACAAUCAAACUGAGGAAUCAGAAAUGGAGGUAAAAGAGAGAAGCCCCUCCAGGCUGUAUAGCUCAGAAUGCCUGGAGCUGACAGAAAUGUGUGAUGACGUAAGCGACCAGGACUCCAGCGAUAAACCCUGGAGACCCUAUUAUAAUUACAAACCAAAAAAGAAAUCCAAACAGCUAAGAAAAAUGAAAAAGACCAAAUGGAGGAAAAAGCACGGAAGCAAGAACACCAUUAUGGAGGACCACAAUGCAAGCAGCCGAGAGUAUGCGCUCAGGAAUGCUCCCGAGGAAAAGGCCAUCAGUCAAGAAGAGAACAGAGAAAUGCCUAAUCUUCCUUGUGAGCUCUGUGAAGGAGAUCAGUCUUCCACUGCAGAAAUUCAAGAACACGUACACUGGCAUGUAGCUACUUCAAAGCCUUACAUUUGUGAAUUAUGCCAAAAACAAUUUCAAAGUCCAUCCACUUUAAAAAUGCAUAUGAGGUGUCACACUGGGGAAAAGCCCUACACUUGCAAAACCUGUGGUAAAUGUUUCUCGGUUCCUGGAAAUCUACAGAAACAUGAACGUAUCCACCUGGGUGUCAAAGACUUUGUCUGCCAAUACUGUAAUAAGGCAUUCACUUUAAAUGAAACACUCAAAAUACAUGAAAGAAUUCAUACUGGAGAAAAACGCUACCACUGUCAGUUCUGCUUUCAGAGUUUCUUGUAUCUUUCUACCAAAAGGAACCAUGAACAAAGACAUGUACGUGAGCAUAAUGGAAAAGGAUACGCUUGCUUUCAAUGCCCCAAAAUUUGCAAGACAGCAGCUGCUCUGGGAAUGCACCAGAAGAAACAUGUAUUUAGAAGUUCAGGUUCACGAGAUAGAAAAGAACAGUUUUGCAAUGAAAGCACUAAACUUUUGGAAAAUGCACAUUUCCUUGGCUCAGAGGGAAGUGAAGUAAAAAAAAUACAGAAUGUAACUCCAGAAGUAAUACUCUGACUGACAGUUGUGCAAAAGAGAAGAAAAAUCCAAAAUUACAUAUUGGAGAAAAUAUAAAUGCAUUGAAUGGGGAAACAUCUCCACUGAAAUUAUUAUCAUUUGCUAAGAUCCAAUUUCUUCAUCUAAACGUCAAUAUA